CGUUCGGAGGAGGGGCAGGUUGGCCGAGCCGCCGCAGGCCGCAGGCGCCCUCCCGCUGCCCUCCCAACCUCGGCAGCUCGGCCGGCGGAAUCGCUGCCAGUGGCCGGAUUCCCAGACCACGCUAAACAUUUAUCAUUUUGGAGUUUAAAGUAUGUCAUCAUGGCAAAGUUUCGAAGAAGGACUUGCAUCAUUUUGUCACUUUUUAUUCUAUUUAUUUUUUCUGUGAUGAUGGGUUUAAAAAUGCUGAGACCAAAUAAAGGUACUUUUGGAGCUCCUUUUGGACUUGAUCUUCUUCCAGAAGUUCGUCGACAAAUUCCUCGCUUGGGGAAAAUUUUUGAUUCUGAAAUGAGUGACACAAUCAACAGUGAAACAAAUAUCAAGAAUUUAAAAAACGUUGAAUUUACUGUGAAACCUCUCAAAGCCUCUGAACCUUACCUGGAAGACCUGCCACCUCUGAAUUAUUAUUUACAUGUAUUUUAUUACAGUUGGUAUGGAAACCCACAAUUUGAUGGUAAAUACAUACACUGGAACCAUUCAAUGCUGAAGCAUUGGGACCCUAGAAUAAACAACAAUUAUCCACAAGGGAAACACAAACCUCCAGAUGACAUUGGCUCCAGCUUUUACCCGGAGUUGGGAACUUACAGCUCUCGGGAUCCUUCUGUCAUCGAAACUCACAUGAAACAGAUAUACUCAGCUUCAAUUGGUGUAUUAGCCCUUUCUUGGUACCCACCUGAUUCACAUGAUGAGAAUGGAGUACCUACUGAUGACUUGGUACCAACUAUUUUGGAUAAAGCUCAUAAAUACAAUCUAAAGGUCGCUUUUCACAUUGAACCAUAUAGAAAUCGAGAUGCUCAAAACAUGUACAGAAAUGUCAAAUACAUUAUAGACAAAUACGGAAAUCAUCCGGCCUUUUACAGGUACAAGACUAAGACCGGCAGUUCUCUUCCUAUGUUUUAUGUCUAUGAUUCCUAUGUUACAGAGCCUGAACAAUGGGCCAGUCUGUUAACCACCUCAGGGUCUCAGAGCAUUCGCAAUUCUCCUUAUGAUGCAUUGUUUAUUGCUCUUCUAGUAGAAGACAAGCAUAAAUAUGAUAUCCUUCAAAGUGGUUUUAAUGGAAUUUAUACGUAUUUUGCCACAAAUGGCUUUACUUAUGGCUCAUCAUAUGAGAAUUGGGCUAAAAUAAAAUUAUUUUGUGAUCACUUCCAACUACUAUUUAUCCCAAGUGUGGGCCCAGGAUACAUAGAUACCAGCAUCCGUCCAUGGAACACUCAAAACACUCGGAACCGAAUCAAUGGGAAGUAUUAUGAAACUGCUCUGAGUUUGGCCCUCCAAGCGCACCCUAGUGUAAUUUCUAUCACAUCUUUCAAUGAGUGGCACGAAGGAACUCAGAUUGAAAAAGCUGUGCCCAAACGAACCAGUAAAAGAGUGUACCUGGAUUACCGGCCUCAUAGACCAAGUCUUUACCUGGAACUAACUCGCAAGUGGUCUGAAAAAUACAGUAAGGAAAGAGCGACUUACGCUUUAGAACACCAGCUGCCUGUUUCUCCAUCUUAAUGCACUAUUUAAUGUUUCAUAAUUAUAGAAAACACCUAAUUUCAGUAAAUGUCUAUUGUUUGAGUGACGGAACGAAAACUGUCAAAAUCAGUAUGCAUUGUUACUAUUUUCUUUUAUAACAAAUAAUUUGUACUUUUUUAAUUUGUACUUUUAGCAGUAUUACCAUAACAUCGUUCACAAUGCUGUACUGAGAAAAUGCCUGAGAGAAAAUUAUGCAAAAACAUUCCCUGUGCCAUCUUCUGCUAAAUUUCUGACUAAAAUUGAAAUGCUGCUUUCAUGGCAGUUUUUUAUUUUACAAUAGAUAAAUGCUUAUUACAUAAAAUAAUUAGCACAUAGUUCUUUCUAUCCUACUGUAUUCUGGGCCCAAAGAAAUAGGAUUGUAUAUUUGUUAAUGUACUUGUUUCAUCUCUUAAGUUUUUUCAAUGAUUCAAUAAACUUUAUGGUAUUAGUAUUUAGAUUCUGGAUAACUCUUUAAUAAUAAAUAAUUCUUACAAAAAUAAAAUCAUAUAUCUUAAACCUUACUGUGAACCAUAUUGCAUUCGGAAGGCCUGCCUUCUGCAGCACAAUAUGUAUUAUCAUUCGCAGAUUUUUGGUUACCUAGAGCUUGCUAGAUGUUUUACAUGUAUAAUGUUUCUGCUUUAUAAUGCUGAAUUCCAGAUUUUAGAAGUUAAAGUUUUUUAUAAAAGUUAAUGAUUGCUUCUCAAUUAAGAAAACAUAGUUGUUUCACAUUUAUUAUAUACUAGAGGCCUGGUGUACGAAUUUGUGCACCAGUGGGGUCCCUCAGCCUGGCCUGUGGGAUUGAACUGAAACCGGCUCUCCGACAUCCCCCGAGGGGGUCCCGGGUUGCGAGAGAGCGCAGGCCAGUCCAAGGGACCCCAGCAGUGCACCAUCGGGGCUGGGGAGGGAUGCAGGAGGUUGCCCAGCUGGGGAGAGACCACGGGAGGGCUUCAGGGUGUGUCUGGCCCAUCUUGCUCAGUCCCAAUCAGCCAGACCCCAGCAGCAAGCUAAUCUACUGGUUGGAGCAUCUUCCCCCUGGUGGUCAGUGCACGUCAUAGCGACUGUCAACCAGUCGACUGUCUGCCCCCUGAUGAUCAGUGCACGUCCUAGUGAGCGGUUGAGCGGCCUUAGCAUAUCAUUAGAAUAUUACACUUUGAUUGGUUGAAUGACCGACUGGACAACCAGACAGCAUAUUAGGCUUUUAAUAUUUAGGAUAGAUAUAAUGUCCAAAAUGUUAUCGUUUUUAGAGAUAACACUUUAGUCUUUAUUUUUUUCAGUUUAAUCGGAAACCUACUGUUAGAUAAGAAAAAAGUUGAUACUACUUUUAGAUUGCCUCCUUUUAUGAAAUUAAGCUACUUUUACCAAAAGUAAUUGAGAACAUUUACUUAGCUUAUUUUAGUUUUUUAGGGACAUAGAAAUGAAAAUUUCUUUAUAUGUUAAAUUCAUUCCUGAAGUUUUACAUUUGAUUAAGACUUAAUGAUGGAAAUAAUAAUUUUGUUUCAAAGACAAUAUUUUAAAGUUAUUGUUAAUAGUAUUCCAAUUAUAUAUACUUUCAUGGUUCCUAUCAGGUAAAAUACUUGUGGUCAAUUGUUUGUCAUAUUAUGACAAAUUAAACACCUGUAUGCUAAAAAUGAAUUUCCUUAUUUUAAAAACUAGAGAAUAAAAUAUAUUCUAUUAUUAUAGUUAAUAUUUAUAACUAGAACUGUAGUAAAAAGUCUAAUAUAUGUUACUACAUGAAUAUUAUUUCUUAUUUAUUAAAGAGAAGCAAUAGGGUAAUAUUAAACAAUGCAUAUAAAUCUUUAAAGUAUAAAGACAGUCAAACAAAUUAGCAGUGGAAUUUAUCAUAAAAUGGUCCAUCAUAGGAUGAAAUUUUAUUUUUAACCAGCAAUUUUGAAGUAAAAGAACAUUUUUAUAACUUAGAAUUUGCCAUUUCUCAAAAAAUGAUCAGGCCACAGGAAAUUACUAUAAUAGUAACAAUCCACUUUCUGUAGGAAAUCACAAGAAAAAAAUCACUAUAUGACAUAACCAAGCAUCUUCAUAGGAAUACUCAUGGAUAUAACCUGUGGAUAUUUUUUCUUAUAUCCAGUUAACCACUAUAUAUAAUGGAUAUAAACUCUAUGUCAUAACUAAUAAUAUUUUAUAACAUUCCAUGUUUUAUUAAAUAUUGGUUAGAGAAAUAGCUACUACAGAGGAAUUUUUGUCAUUGCUUAUAUUGUAUAUUUGAAUUCACUAUGGUAGGGAAUACAUUUUUUAAAAUAGUUCUAAGAUUAAGGGAGAGUGUAUAAACAUGGUCAGCAUAUCCUCAACACGGAUACCACUACUUCCUAUCCUGCUCGUAGGGCAGAAAUAGGUAACCUACUACAGCACAGUUUAACUCUGACCUUCGUGUGGUUCCCAACACAUUACCCUACUAGCCAGUAACAAGCAGUCAGUUUUCAAAGUAAGAUAAGACAGAUUCUGACUUCAUUACAGAAAGUUAUUGAGGGAAGAAUUUUGGAAUCUGAUCACAUAGUGGUUUAACCCUUUGCACUUGCUUGCUUUUUUCUCGAUUCCUUUAUUCUAAUGCUAACCGUGUCGAGUCACACUCGACAUCCGAGUGCAAAAGGUUAAUACUUUAUAAUUAUACUAGAGGCCCAGUGCACGAUAUUCAUGCACUCAGGGGUUAGGGGGAGGGUCCCUCAGCCUGGCCUGUGCCCUUUAGCAGUCCAGGAGCCCUCAGGGGAUGUCCAACUGAUAGCUUAGUGCUGCCGCUGAGGCGGGAGAGGCUCCCACCAUAGUCGCUGUGCUCAUGAGCUGUCAGCCCGGCUUGUGGCUGAGUGGCGCUCCCCUUGUGGGAGCACACUGACCACCAGGGGGAGCUCCUGCGUUAAGCGUCUGCCCCUGGUUGUCAGUGCGCAUCAUAGUGACUGGUCGCAUCAUAGUGACUGGUUGUUCAGCCGUUUGGUCGAUUUGCAUAUUACCCUUUUAUAUAGGAUGAAUAUCAUGUUUUUCUCCUUUUUUAAACAAAAGUUAUUGGGAAUUAUCUCUGAUAGUUUUGUUAUUAUUAGGGAGGAAUGCUUUCAAACUCUCAGGUAUUCAUUACAGCUGCCUUUACCAUUUGACUAGUAACAGUUUCGAUCACAAGUAAAUAAGAGUAAAGAAUCAUUUCUAAUUUUAAAACUAUAGGUUUUAAUCCAAUAAACUAAAAUAACCGUUAAAAGAAAAAGCAGUGUAAUAUAUACAAUGCAUGAAUUCUACUGAAUUAUUUUAUGGUUUAAUCCAAUUGUUUUGACUACAGAAACCAAAUAUUUCUUUCAUUGCUCCCCUUAAGGACCUGUACUGUCAAAACUGCUAUUUUUAUUUAUAUAAGUUGCAUGUUAACAUUUUUUUGUUUUAAGAGUAUGUAAUUAAAAGAUGAUUAUUUUGUUAUAUGGAGUAGUUAAUUUUCAUCUAAUAAAAGCAUAAAUGAAAUAUG